AUGAAGGAUGAAACAGAGACACAUGAGACCAACAAGAACAGGACAGGAGGCAAGAGUCUUCUCAGACACCCGGGUGUGGUUUCCGGGAAAGGGGAUCUAUCAUUGAGCAGCUGGAGAAGGAGGCUCAGAGGACUCUAAUGCCUUCUCUCAAGACUGGGACAUGCUGUGCCCCAAUCCUCCUCUCCUUCCUGAGGAGUCUAACUGAUGAGCAAGUCCCAUGUCUUUUUCCAACCUCACAUACAACAACUCUGAAUUUAUAGUCAUAGUGCACCUUCUAACCACAAAUGGGAUUUUAGACACUACACCUAACAUCACUGUAACCACACCCCUAACUCUUCCUGUAAAUCAAGAACAAAAUGUCUCAUGUACUUGCUAAUAGCUUAAUUAAAUACACUUUUAUUUUCCCUGACAUGGCUAUCUAGUGACUCCACUAACUCAACACCAGUGUGCAGGUAAAAUAUGUUUCCUUUCUUUUCUUUUCUCUAGCCAAUGGAGGGUGAUUCAGCAUGGCAUGAAAAAUAACCUUACAUUCGAGCAGCUCUCCAUGCUGUGUCUGAAGAUUGUUAAAGUCGUGACCCAGACAGCCCUCCGCAUUCUCCUACCAGCGCUAGCUCGUAUCAUGGGGGUGAACCUGAGGAGUGGGGCAACCUCCCCAGAAUCCCAGUGCUCUCUGACAGGGUCUGAGGAUUCCUUAGGCAGUCUGGAUGAGAGAGAGAAAAGGCUGCUGAUCAGUGAGAUGAACUACUGGACUAAGGAGAGGAGGAGGAAUGGCAGUGCAGGGUUCCGCCAAAAAUCCACUCGCAGAACCUCAUCACCAUGCUGUUCGCCUAAGAGGUCCCAGACCUCAUUGCAGAGCUUGCCUGCAACUAGAGAGGCUCCCCUCAUGGAGGAGCCUCUGAAGGCUCUUUUUGGGGUAACGGAAGAGAGCCUCCUGAUAUCCCUGGUUGAGGGUCACUCCAACCCCAUCUCCUCCAGCUCUUCUGAGUUGAGCUGUGCUAUCGUGGGAGAGGUAGUACACCAGCUUAACUCUGGCCUCUCAGUGGCCAUUCAGGCCAGCUCAGGGAGUUGCCCCCCUAUGGACAGUCAGGACAUAGCAGUAGGCAAGGAGGUCAUUCGGGUAGCCUCGGUGCAGAUCCUGGCCGAGCUACAGAGCCAAACGUCUGAGCCAGAGUGGGUAGGGUUUAUCGAGCCCCUCAUGGACCCUGUGACCGAUGAUGUGCUGGAUGCCAUUGUCGGCACAAUGGACAAAAUGGCACAGGACUUCAACAUCCUAUUGGAUCUGGCCAAGAAGAUGACAAUCUUGGGGUCUAAAUUUCUGACCAAUCUUCAAUGUGACCUUGAUGUUGAGUGUCCAUCUGGGAAAGAAGGGACCACUCACUUUCUCAAAGAGACUGGAUCCUCUACCAGUGUGGUGGCCAGAAAGCUUCAGACCCUCUCUAGCCCCGACUUUCAGUCUAAAGCCCUGAAGGCGGUGAGCACCAUCCUUACAAGGAAAGUCAGCAGCUCUUCUGGCAUGGAUCCUUCCUCUAGGCCUUCUAGUGCUGCACCUAGCCUUACUGAAGCUCCCCUGAAUACCAGCUGCACAGCCCUGACACCUGUAACCUCCACUGCCACAGUGAUUGUUAAGGCAUUUGUGGGAGGCAUGGAGACGAUAGCAUCAUUUGAAGGCACAUGUGAAGCAGUUGAUUGGCCAGUUCCUGUAAAGGACCACAAAACAGGAUCUUCACAGAUGAUAACCUUCUCUCUAGCCCGCACACUCUACGGCCGUAUACGAGCAAAGCUGAGGGACCUUUUAACUCUAUCCGCUCGAGAAGAAGGUGUGGCUAAGGAUGCUUCUCUUCAGGAGUCUUCAGACACCCUGGAAAAGGCAACUGUUUCAACUGUUGAGGUCCAGUUACCCAGCACCGAACUUAGUAGAGUUCCCAGUGAGAGCCAACCAAUACCAGCUCUCUGUCUCUCCAAUCUGGAUACCAGUACUCAAGAAGUUCUUAGCAGUGUUUUUUCCAUCUACAAGUCAGAGUUAUCAAAAGUGGAGAGUAAAUCCUUGGCCGUUGUCAGUUCAUCUGAUGAGUCCCUAGAGGCUUGUUGGUUUGUUGAUGGUGUCCUAUCAAAGCUCGAUGACUAUACUAUUUCCCAGUCACCCUCACCCAAUGAAGACUUGAGCGUGAGUACUCAAUAUUCUCAACUGAGCUCAGAAGAGAGUGUCAGAAUCACAGAGUCCUCUACUAGUCUGAUUCAGAGCAUUAAGAAGCUCUCUAGCAAUGACUUCCAGACUCAGGCAGAAGAGGCAGUGAGUAAAGUGCUGAUGAGAUCCAGUCAUUCCUUUAUCACACAUCAGCCAUACUGGUCUUCAGAAAAGUCUGCAGGCUGGCUUAUCAUCUAG